AUGCGUUCCGCAAUACUGAGAAGAAGGGGCACAUUUGGCAAGCCUCGGAGGCAGGACUCCGUCCCUUAUGCAUCCCUUUGCUUUCUUAUCGGUCUUGGUUUUUGCGCCGUCUGGUUUUCAGGUACGGAUUCCCCGAAUGACUCCCUUUCAACUGAAAACUCGCUACUUGGUAUUGUCGCCGCACGCAACAGUAAUUCGUACGGCGAUUUGUGCGACCCUGACAAAGGCGUCUUUGGCAGUGAAUAUGCCUUAUUUUUCCUCAUCCCUGGAAUCAUCGUAGCAUUCGUAGGCCUUGCUAUCGUCACGGAUGACUACUUUGUGGCUGCUCUCGAGCGGAUUUGCGAACGUCUUGACCUUAGCGAGGAUGUCGCAGGGGCUACUUUUAUGGCAGCGGGGUCUAGUACACCGGAAUUCUUUGCUUCCAUGCUCAGUGUCUUCGUUACUGAAGACGAAGUUGGUAUCGGCACUAUUGUUGGAAGUGCCGUUUUCAAUGUUCUCGUCAUUAUUGGCCUCAGCGCGGCUCUCGCUGGUUCAGUGCUAAGCCUUGACUGGCGGCCGCUUGCUCGCGACUCUGCGUUUUAUAUGAUGAGUAUUGUCUUGCUUUUAACUUUUGUUCUCGGUUCGUCAAGGGGUGAGAUUAAGUGGUAUGAAGGUUUGAUUCUCGUCUUUGGUUACGUUUUGUAUGUCUUGUUUAUGGCGUUUGGUAACAAGCCGUACAUGAAAUGGGCAAAGAACCUCAAAUUUGGGAAAAGUGCACAGGAACCAGACCUUGAGAAAGGCGAUAAUUCGCCCGGAGAUUCGGAACAAGUCUGGACGCCGUCUGUUGUCCCAGACCCUACACCCACGAAAACGAGAUACAGUGACCUCACUCCUCGUAGCAAAUUCCGCGCAGCACAGUUCGGUGUCAUUGCCACAAUCCGGAUGGCUUCUCAUUCUUCUUCGCAGGAUCUCGAAGACACAGCCACUGAGGAAAAGAGCUCCUCCCGCGCUAUUCUUGGUGUCGAUUUGCCAAGCAGCGUUGUGGGUUGGAUUUUCUUCCCACUGACUUUCUUCUGGAGGCUACUGUUCUCCAUCACAAUCGUGGACUGCUCAGUGGAGAAAAAGGCAAAAUACUGGUGGGCAACAUUUAUUCUGUCAAUUAUUUGGAUUAGUGUUAUCAGUUAUGUCAUGGUUGAGGCAGCGCGUUUUUCUGGUUGUCUCAUUGGCAUUCCUGCCUCAGCGAUGGGCCUAACCGUGCUAGCGGCGGGAACGAGUGUACCUGAUGCCCUAGCUUCGAUUUCAGUUGCUCGCGGCGGAUCUGGAGACAUGGCAGUGAGCAACGCCAUUGGCAGCAACGUUUUCGACAUCCUUCUCGGUCUCGGUUUUCCUUGGUUUAUCGGCGGGCUCGCCAAAAAGACUAUUACGAUCCCCACUGAUCCAAUCACCACAGUUGUGGUCCCAAUUUUGAUUCUCUUCGCUAUCAUCGUUCUACUAUUGGUCGUUCUAGUAGUUCUGCGGUGGAAGCUGCGACCUCUCCUUGGCUACAUUCUCUUCGGAGUUUAUGGCUUGUUUGUCACAUACACUCUUUUGGAUGUAUACGUAUUCAAGCUGAAUAGUGAAUAACGACGGAGGUGAAACUCGAAACAAUUUAAUUGUUUCGAGUUUCACUUUGCGUCAAUGCUGGAGAUAAUGCAGGGAAAAUACCCAUGGGGGGUUUGGAAGGAACGAAAUACUAACGCUAACUGACGGGCCAAGGACACAAGGAGAUUCAUUUGCACGUUUGCAGUUUUGAAGUGCGGGAAACCCACGCACGACUUGUACAUAGUGACUCUGAAGUCGCGAAAUAUUUAUGCAAGCAAGACGGCUGCUUAUGCAUCUGUUCAUAUACAUGGUGAGUAAGGACGAAGGUGAAACUCGAAACAAUUACAUUGUUUCGAGUUUCACCUUGCGUCAGGGGUGGAGAAUGCAAGGAAAAGACCCAUGGGGUUUUGGAAGGAACGAAAUACUAACGCUAACUGACGGGCCAAGGACGCAAGGAGAUACAUUUGCACGGUUGUAGUUUUGAAGUGCGGGAAACCCACCCGCGACUUGUACAAAUGACUCUGAAGUCGCGAAAUAUAUUUAUGCAAGCAAGACGGCUGCUUAUGCAGCGUAUAACCUAUU